GGCCGGCGGUCUGCGGGCUGCCCCGGCGCGCCUCGGCGACUUUCGGCGGGUCUUCUCUUGAGGCCCAGCAACCUCCCAGCCUGGGGAGCCAAGCGAGGUUCGGGAGCGGUGACGCGGGCACGGGGCGGGCGAGAGGGACGAUCCCUGGAGAGGCCCGAAGGGAGCGAACUCGCGAGCAUCUCGGGAGACCGGGACAGAUGGGUGAGGGCAAGGUCAAUCCUGAACGGGAACGUAACUUGCAGAAGAGAGACGCCCCAGCAAGACUCUUUCGGGGAGACUUCUGGCUCCUCACUUCCAUGGGCCAGACGGCCCUGGCAGGGGGCAGCAGUAGCACCCCUACCCCACAGGCCCUGUACCCUGACCUCUCUUGUCCCGAAGGCUUGGAGGAGCUGCUGUCUGCUCCCGCUCCUGAUCUGGGGGCCCAACGGCGCCACGGGUGGAACCCCAAGGACUGCUCAGAGAACAUCGAGGUCAAGGAAGGGGGGUUGUGCUUUGAGCGGCGGCCUGUGGCCCAGAGCACUGAUGGGGCCCGGGGUAAGAGGGGCUACUCUCGGGGCCUGCACGCCUGGGAGAUCAGCUGGCCCCCGGAGCAGAGAGGCACCCACGCUGUGGUGGGCGUAGCCACAGCCCUCGCCCCGCUGCAGGCUGACCACUACGCGGCGCUGCUGGGCAGCAACAGCGAGUCAUGGGGCUGGGACAUUGGGCGGGGGAAGCUGUACCAUCAGAGCAAGGGGCCCGGUGCCCCCCAAUAUCCAGCCGGACCUCAGGGUGAGCAGCUGGAGGUACCGGAGAGGCUUCUGGUGGUUCUGGACAUGGAGGAGGGAACUCUGGGCUACGCUAUUGGGGGCACCUACCUGGGGCCAGCCUUCCACGGACUGAAGGGCAGGACCCUCUAUCCUGCAGUAAGCGCUGUCUGGGGACAAUGCCAGGUCCGCAUCAGCUACCUGGGCGAAAGGAGAGCGGAGCCACACUCCCUUCUGCACCUGAGCCGCCUGUGUGUGCGCCAAGCGCUGGGGGCUGCCCGGCUGGGCCAGGUAUCUACUCUGCCUUUGCCCCCUGCCAUGAAGCGCUACCUGCUCUACCAGUGACCCUGUGAUACCACAGAUGCACGGGGCCUUAAUGCCACCCCUCCCCGGGGGCCAGAGGGGAGGCACUGCUGGCCUAGACCAGCUACUUAAAACCAGUGAGGCUCGGGAGGGGAAGUGAGGCUGGGCCCCUACCCCAACCCAAGCUCUGGGGAGCUCAACAGCCCCAGAGCCACCCAGGGGAUGAAGGAAGGGAGCUGUUGUUAUUCAGGGCUGUGGCAGCCUGGUAUACAAGACAUUUUUUCAAGUAAAAAUAAGAGGUAUGCUGUUGUA